AUGAGCGUCGCCGAAGACAGCAAGAAGAGGCUUCGGCCUGAAAUCGAGGAGGCGCUGGCAGCGUUGCCCGAAUCUGAGACUGUUGCCGGCCCCUCACCCAAGAAGGCCAGGACGGAAGAGCGCAAAUCACUUUUCGUUCGAUCGCUACCUCCAAACGCGACGAGUGAGAGCCUUGCGGAGUUUUUCUCCGAAUAUUUCCCCGUCAAGCAUGCGACUGUGGUUAUCGAUCAGCAGACCAAGGAGUCUCGUGGGUUUGGCUUCGUGACUUUGGCGGACGCCGACGACGCGAAGCAGGCUCAGACCGUACUUGACAAGAAGCAUUGGGAAGGCAGAAGUAUUCGAGUCGAAGUGGCCGAGCCAAGACAACGCAAGGAAGCUGCCGAGGGCUCCAAGCCCCGUCCCAAGCCUGGAAAGCCUGAAUUCGAGCCGACGCCAAAGCUGAUUGUACGAAACUUGCCUUGGAGCAUCCGCAACUCGGAACAGCUUGGUCACCUAUUCCGGAGCUACGGCAAGGUCAAGUUUGCGGAUUUGCCCAAAAAUAAGGGAAAACUCAAGGGCUUUGGUUUUGUUACCCUAAGAGGCAGGAAAAAUGCCGAGAACGCGCUCGAAGGCGUGAACGGCAAGGAAAUUGAUGGUAGAACCCUUGCCGUGGAUUGGGCGGUCGAUAAGAAUACAUGGGAGCAACAACAAGCAGAAGAGGGGGAGGGUGACGAUGCCGAGAAAGACGACGACGAGACCAGCUCCGAAGAAGACUCGAACAUCGAAGACGACGAAGGCGAGGACGAAGACCCUGAGCAAGAUCAGGAAGAGGGGCAGCUGAAUGCUGACCUAGAAAACUUUAUGAAGAAUCAUAUGCAAAAUAUGGUUGAUGAAGACGACGAGGAAGAGGAUGAGGAAGAAACAAAAAGAAAGGAAGAGCGUAACAACUCGUCUGACAACUCUUCGACUGUGUUUGUUCGCAACCUCCCAUUUACCACCAACGACGAACAACUCAAGUCUUUCUUCGCCACCUUUGGCAACAUUCGAUACGCUCGGGUCGUUAUGGAUAAAGCUACGGACCGCCCUGCCGGAACCGGAUUUGUUUGCUUCUUUGACGAGGAAGAUGCCAAGGAGUGCAUUAGAGGGGCUCCACGCGGGCAACAACCAGCCGCCUCGGGCAAGAAAUCGAUUCUCCAUGACGACAACCUUGAUCCUACCGGAAAAUAUACUCUCGAUGGUCGUCUCCUCAGCAUAGCACAGGCCGUCAACCGUGCCGAAGCCAGCAAUUUGGCAGAAAACUCGCUAGCCAAGAGGAGAGAAAAGGACAAGAGACGUCUAUAUCUUCUUGCCGAAGGUUCCAUUGGCACCAACUCGCCGAUCUACAACCUACUUAGCCUGCCCGAGAUUCGCAUGCGACAGGCGAGCGCCGCCCAAAGAAAGAAGCUUGUCCAGAACAACCCGACCCUGCACAUCAGUCUCACGCGUAUUGCCCUACGAAAUAUUCCCAAACAUCUUGGCUCCAAGGAGCUCAAGGAGCUAGCUCGAAAAGCCGUCGUCGGCUUUGCGCAGGAUGUCAAGGAAGGCAUUCGUGAGCCCCUUUCCAAGGAAGAGAAUGCGAGAGAUGGCAAGGACGCUAAGGAGAAGGAAAAAGAAAGAAAAUCAAAAGGAAAGGGUAUUGUGCGCCAGGCCAAAAUUGUGUUUGAGAGUGUGCAAGGUUCCAAGGUUACCGAAGACUCGGGUGCCGGCAAGAGUCGCGGCUACGGCUUCAUCGAGUAUGUGUCUCACCACUGGGCGCUGAUGGGUCUGCGAUACCUGAAUGGCCACCAGAUGGACGACACGGAGGAGGGCAAAAAGAAACGCCUCGUUGCAGAGUUUGCCAUUGAAAACGCGCAAGUCGUGCAGCGCAGAAGAAUAAACGAAGAAAAGGCCAGGCAGGCCAGGGAGGACGCUGCCAAUGGCAAACCGCGCUUCGCCAAGGACAAGGACGGCGAGGAGCGCAACGGCAGCGGCUCUCGCGACGAAAGAAGCGGGCGAGGUGGAAGAGGUGGUCGCGGCGGUCGCGGCGGUCGUGGAGGCAGCAGAGGCGGACGAGGCGGCUCUGACAGCAGAGACCGCGGCGAUGGCCAAGGUCACGGCGGUGCUACGCGGGGAGGCCGCGGCGGUGCUCGGGGCCGUGGCGGCGACCGAGGCCGUGGCGGCGACCGAAGCCGUGGCGGCGACCGAAGCCGUGGCGGCGACCGGGGCGGCCGCAGUGGACGCGGCGAGGCGAGAGAGCGUCGUGACAAAAAACCUCUGAUGGACAAGUUCAGGGGUGACGGGAAGGAGGGGGGCCGGAAAGAGGACAUGCAGCAAAAGCUCAUGGCGCGCAAGCGUCAGGUGCGCAAGAAGAAGGCCGAGUCGAGAGGCAACUAA